UUUGGCAUCACUGUGGCACGAUAGCGCCACCGCCAGCAGCUUCGAUAUAAAAUACGACAGAACGGCACAUUCCGCCGCUCAGUACGCUCCUCGUGAUGAUACGAGCUCGGUCGGUCGUCGCCGGAUCUGACCUAUCCCACGAAUCGCGGCCGUGAUCGGUAUUCAUCAUCCGGUAGUUUCCCUUUGCAAUACGACGACGGUUACUUCUAAAUUUACGCAUUUCCAGUUUGCUUCCAACCUCAAACCCCGUCUGUGGUGUGGCGCUGCUGCUGGUGGCAGUCUCCUCCACAUCCGCCGUCCGAAGAGAAAGGCAGAAAACGGAUCGAUUUGACAGCUUCGGGCCACAGAUUUUGUUUGAUUUUCUCCGUUCGUUGUGGAUCCAGUUGAAGAAUCCUGUAAUCGAAUUCCGGACUCCGGUGCGACUGUGUGUUGGAUGGGCUGCGCUGUCCGGCCAUGACUACUAAUUAGCAUUGCAACUCAAUGUGAUUUUAGUGCUGCAGCAGCUUCCGUUUUUGGGCAGUGAGAAGGAUGGACGGACGGUGAAGAGAGAAGUGUGCCUUCCAACAGGUGCUGAAGAUUCGAAACGACGACGACGACGACGACGACGACGGCAACGGGAACAACACGCAUCGUCCUCGUUGAAGCCAAAAAAGCCAUGAGCUUUUGUGGGUGGCUGAAAAUAUUCAAACGACGAAAGCAUGCCGCCGUCGGCAGUGAAGAAUCGGACGAACGGACUAGUAGUGCAGCGAAGAGCGGUGGGGCCGGGCGGAAGAAGACACCUGGCAGUGGGAGUAGUGAUAGGACGGCCGACAAUGGCGGUGGUGCUGAACGGAAUGCGAAGAAUUCGGCGGGCACAGAUGAAGUGAAAGUGAAAAAUGGCGACGAAAGUGACGUGGAUGAUGAUUUCUGGGCGACCCCGGUGGAGGAGGCGAAAGCGGAUGAGAAUGAUGAAGGCAACCCGCGGAACAAGACGGCCCUCAAGCCGGGCCACUCGCUAAUGGACUGGAUCCGGUAUGGCAAUUCCGGAGUGGAUCUGGCCGGCACAGGUGGUCGGGUCAGACCGGUUCAGCACACGGAACUGGCGACGCACAACAAACCCGGUGACGUGUGGAUGGCCAUCCGAGGGAAGGUCUACAAUGUGACCAGCUAUCUGGAUUUCCAUCCCGGGGGUGUCGACGAGCUGAUGCGCGGCGCCGGUAAGGAUGCCACCAAGCUAUUCGACGAAGUGCACGCCUGGGUAAACUAUGAAUCCCUCCUUGCCAAAUGCUACAUCGGGCCACUGCGCAGCACCGGAGUGCUCAAACUAGUCCCGGAAGAACCGGAAACCACCUCGAAAUCCCCCAGCAGUUCAAUGCCUCCACCGUCGCCCGUAUUUUUGAAGCCACCGUCCUCCGGCAAUCCGUCGGUUAUCGUCACACCCAGCACCCCUGCAGUUGCACCGAAAGUCCUCUCGGCCACCUCGGUCGUCAGCAGUUCCAGCGAAGAUUCCGCCAUUAAAUUGUCUCCCGUAGUGCCUCGCUUCGACUGGAUCCAGAAAACGGCCGAAGUCACGUUCAUCUUCUACACCAAAGCGCUCUGCAACCCGGCCGUCGUUGUAGAGUUCGUCAACAACCUGGAGUUCAACGUGCGGAUAUUUCUCGAGGGAAACGUCCUCCAUCGGUACCAGUUCCAAGUGACAAACAACCUUCAGUGGCCUUGCACGGUUCGACAAUCGCUGGAAGCCGGUAAGGUGGAGCUUGUGUUCAACAAACUCCUGCCGACCCUCUGGACGAACUACGGCCAGAUGGAACACGACCAAAUCGAGAACUAUCCCAUGGAGCUGCACGAGUACGACGUGGCAACUCGAAUCGAGAUCACGCACGACUCCUGCGCCUUACUCCUCCGGCCCAAAAAUAACUCCAUCCUGCAAGUUACUCCCAUCGGUCAUCAUCUCUCCAUCAGCGGGACCGUGGCGGACGGCCAAGUAGUGACCCGCAGCUACACUCCCGUACCACCCGCAGCCGUCCCAACGGAUUGUCCGCCCACCUUCAUCCCACUUCUGGUGAAAACCUACCCAUUGGGGGCCCUCUCCAAGCACCUGACCAGGCCGGUUCCGCUGGCCACUUCCCUGCAGAUCUUGCAACCGAGCGGGAACUUUUCGCUCGCCAAGCUCAAACAUCACAACCGCAUUGCCUUACUAGCCGCCGGCAGUGGAAUCACGCCGAUGCUAGCCUUACUCAGCUAUCUGCUGGAGCGGAGUAGUAAUAAGAUGGAGUCCAUAUGCCUGCUGUAUUUCAACAAAACUGAAGCGGAUAUCUGGUGCCGAGAGAUGCUGGAUAAUUUAUGCACCAAGGACAAAAGACUUACGGUUAAGCACUUCCUUUCGGACGUGGAAUCCCCGACCACGGUGCAACCGCCACCAAGGUCAGCGAAAUCCCCUGGACCAGACGACAGCCGUCCUUCGACGUCCACCACCGUAGCUGGCAGUGCGGACGAAGACGGCGGCAGCCGUCGGCCCAAAGCAACAGCAACAGCAGGGUUCGAGCGGGGUCGCAUUUCGCUGGCCAUCGUCCAGCAGUUGACCAACGUGGAUUCCCCGCUGGCGGCGAGCUUCGUCUGCCUGUGCGGGCCGAAACCCUUCAACGAGCUGGCCUGUCAGCAUCUGGAGCAAGCCGGCCACAGCAUGUCCUAUGUUCAUAGCUUUCAAGGUUGAAAUGGUGCUGGAGGAGAUGACGGCGAGGGGGGCGACCGCGGAUGGUAGGUAUUCUAUUUGUAAAUUGAAUGGGACGCACGUUUUAUGGUGGCUUUCUUUAUGGAGAAUCAUAAAAGUUACAGCAGUAAUUUGUGCUUGAAAUAGGACGAAUGUAUUUUUAUUAAUUUAUCCUCAUCAAACCAGUAAAUAGGCAUCAACAUCAAAUAAAUUGUUCCGUGUUGUUACGAAAACGAAACAAAACAAUGGAAACACCGAAAUCGACCGUAAAUUUCUCCCCAAUAGGUAUCAGAUGACCAUGGUGCACACGUUCCAACAAGAUGGAGCUAGGUUAGGCUAUUAAAAUAGAAAUUAAUUAGGGAAAUUGGUACCUUUUUGAUCGUGAUGGACGAUUCACAGCUACAACAAGAUGGACAACUAGAAUGAAGAGAGUUGUAUUGAAAUGGAGGGCGGUCUCAAUUUAGAAAUUACACUAGUCAACGAUAUGCACUAAUCAUGUUUAUUAUUACAGUUUAAUUUCCUUUGACCUAUAAAUGCCCAGCGCUUCACACUGAGACAGAACGCUGUUUUGGACAGAUGAAACCUCUGAAUAUCCUAAAUCCUACCUUACCUGGUGUCCACACAAGGGAAUCCUCUUCGGAGCUCAACCGCGGGACAACGACGGAGUGGACAGAUUCGGAGUUCGGUCACUGGUUCGCGCGGAAAGGUUACUGCACUGUGGGGUUUUCGAUCGUUGCAAGAAUGGGUCCUUCACUGCGUCGCUCGUUGCACAACGUGUAUUUCGCGACCGCAGGGAUCAAAGAGACGGUAGUAACUAACUUCAAAUCUAUUCAUAGAUAAUUUUGGAUCAUUUAUUGUGUAAAGGGACACAAUGGUUCAGUUGGUGUGUUGUGUGCUGAAAAUACAAUUCAAUUUGCGGUUGACGCAACACCUGGUUUUUACGGUGAAAGUGACUUGAUUCCAGUCAGUUGAAAUUGCCCAAUUGAAUGCAGCUUACUUGCGCAACUCACUUAACUUGAACGAAAGUUGAAAAUGUGGAACUUUUUCAUUCAAGUCUAACGAAAUCAUCUCACUUGCACCGUCUAAUUCCUCGAUUCAUGUGAGCUGCAUUCAAGUCAUCUGUUAAGAGAGGUGAAUUCAAUACAGUUUGCUUACGCACCGCACGAGUUGAGCAAUCUAAACACUUGUGCCUGGUUUAGACUGUUCAAUUGAAAUGAGCAUCUGAGUUGCUUGCAAACUUAUCGAACAUGUUCAAUCCAAUGAAAUGACGUGUUGAGACUAAGCAAAAGACUUGCGGGUCCACUUGCAUGCUCUUGAAUGCAUCUCAGUUGAAGCAAGUGUUUACAUUGUUCAUCUCGUGUGAUGCGUAGCGUAAGCAAACUUAACAGAUGACUUGAAUGCAACUCACCUGAAUCGAGGAUUUAGACGGUGCAAGUGAGAUGAUUUCGUUUGACUUCAAUGAAAAAGUUCAACUUUCGUUCAAGUUAAGUGAGUUGCUCAAGUGAGAUGAAUGGUUUCCAUUGACUUGAAUCAAAUCACUUGCACCAUGUAAAAUAGGCAUGAGAUGAAACAUGAGAUGGAUUCAAGAGCAUUCAAGUAAACAUUCAAGUCUUUUGCUCAGUAUAAACAUGUCAUAGUGGUUGCUGACAGCUGGCUGCCCAAUACACGUUAAAACACGUUUUCCAAGAAUUUCAGCGAUUUACACGAUUAUUACCCAACCACGAACGCUUUAACCAAGAGAGCGUGUAUGCAAACACUUGUUUCACGAUGAAAACAAAAACAAAGCCAAUUACACGUUCAAAUCGACGUGUUCAAUAGUUUCGUCAUUUUACACAGAAUUUUUGUUGAUCUUUACUUUUUUAUUCCUAGAAUCGUAAAGGCGUGCAUGCUAGAAAAAAAAAUCACGAUGAAAACAAACUUUCGAUAGUGUUGGUAGGUGGAAUCUCUAUUCCAUUACAUUGAACAUCUUUGACAAGCUUGCAAGUGAAAUGCUCGUUUCAGUUGAACAGUCUAAACCAGGCUUUGCCAUUGAAAGCCACUUUGAGAAAUUAGAUGAUCCGAGUUUUUUUUUAAAUUUAAUUUAUUCCAUGAAUUUUUAGUAAAUUGGGUUAUUUUCAACAAGCAUCCCAUUACUUUUUUUUCAAUUUAUUGACGGCUGUUUUGUUAUUUCUUUUCAAAACAUAUUUAUAUUUAGGCAAAUUUAAAUGAAUCAUAAUUUCCAUCAGUUAUUUUCUUGUAGGUCCAUCUUUUUCGAAAGUCCAGGCAAAGUGUCUUACAGAUCUCAUGGAAAUGAAAAUUUUGAAGAAAUUUCCAACAGAUUUUUAAGAUUUAUUUUCGGUAAAAGAAUAUUUCGUAUUCAGGUUUUCUGCACAAAAAAAAUUUUCUGAGAUAGGGUCUGGGACCAUUUGGGAGGAGCACCUAUUUAGGGCACUUGCUGUUAAAACUUAGCCGAUUUUGAACCGAUUGACUUGAUUUUUGAGGCACGAUCAGAUACGCACAGUAUCUAGCCAUGUGCAAAAAUUCAAGUCAAUCGGUUUGGAAUUGACUGAUUUAUAGCAGCAAGUGCCCAAAAUAGGUGCUCCUGCCCAAAUGGUCCCAGACCCUAUAUGGCAAAAAAAUGAGCAAAAUGUCUCAUUGCCGUGUACGUACAGCAUAGUUGUCCCAUGUUCUAUGGGAAUCUCUAUUAACAUGGGACAACUAUGCCGCACACGGCAGCGCAUACAGCUGAAAUUAAAGAGCAAUCUAGCAGUGAGACCAGAUCUUUUGGGCUAGGAUAUUUUUUCAACAUCACAGAGCAUAACAUCGCGCAUACUUAAUGUUUUUGAAUUCGUUCUUUUCGUUUUGAAUUGUUUUUUAAAAAAAUUGGAUUUUCCCGGUAUUUUGGGAGAUCCCGGGAUUUGCAGAAUAAAAAUCUCGAAUUCUGGUAUUUUUUAAGCCUGGGAAACAUGCCCGGUGUUCUCAAUGGGAUCUCUCUCAGCGUUGCUCCCGAAAAUCUUUAAGGGUUUUCCCCUUUUUUUCAGGGAUUCAUCCUGGGUUUUUUUUUCUAAAAUUACUUGUGGGAUUUCUUCAUUGAUUUUUCCGAGAUUGCUUUGGAAAUUUUUAUUAGGUUUCGAUCAGGGAUUCCUUUGUUUCUGCCCAGGAUUCAUAUAGGAGUUUCUCCAAGGAUUCCUCCCAAAAGAUCCUUUGAAAGAUAUCUUCCAGGAUUCCUCAAAAGAUUCCUCCCGGCAUUCUUUCAGGUUUUCAUCAGGGAUUCUUUCAAUGAUUCCGUUACGGGUUUCUCCCAGUAUUCUUUCGCGAUUCCUCUAGAGAAUUCUUCUGGGAUCUCAUGUGAGAUUCUUUCAAUGGUUUUUUUUUUCAGGAUUUCUUCUAUCGCUCUUUUCGGAACUCCUCUAGGGACUUCUUUUGGAAUUCCGUGCAUACCGUGGGCUUUAGGACUUUCAUACUAGAUUCAUUUAAGGGUUUCUCCCAAAACUGCUUCUGUGAAUUCAGGAAUUCCCUCCGGAAUGCCUCCCGAGAUUAAAUAUUUAUGGCAUUUCUUCGGAGAUUUUUUCAUUUCUCCCGGGAUCCGGGGUUCCUUCAUUGAAUCAUCCCGGUAUGCUUUUAGAGAUUUCUUUAAAAACUUCUCCAAAGUUUCCGUCAGGGAAUCCACUGCUUCAGUGAUUUCUCAAGAGAUUUUUCAAAAAAAUUUCUCCAGGACUCUUUCAAAGAUUCUUUCAGGGACUUCUUCAUAGAUUCCUUUAGAAUUCUUUUAGGCAACCGUCUCGGGAUUUUUGCAAGUAUUCGUCCUCGAUAUUUCAGGAAUUUGUCCCGGGUUUCCCCUCGGCACUCCUCCUAGGAGUUCUCCUGAGAUUCUUCCUGAGGCUAUACCUUCUGUUCGCGAAGAUGCGCUUCCAACGUGGGCAGCAGCAUGCUGAGAUGCGCAACCAACACCAACCAUCGCAUCGCAACCGUCAUCGAUGACCGUCACGAAGCACGCGCACUCACCCGAGCCGGCGGAACAGCAGCGAUCAGCAGCGAGAGAGUGAGUGCCGUGAGAUCCAACCGUGAGAGCAGCAGCGAACGCCGCCGCCGUAGCCAUCAUCAUCAUCAUCAUCAUCAUCCAUGCUCGUCGCCCUGCAGCCAAUGUGAUGAUAGUUUGUUCCAUACACGUCGCGUGGGUUCUACGCGCGCGUAGAACCUUCCACGUGGUUCUGGAACAUUAGAUUUUUGGUAUAUAUAUGCGACUCGUUCGCGGUCGCAAUUCAGUUGCAAAAUUAAAGUGAACAAGUGAUGAGCGUUCGCGUGGCUCGAACAACGCGAAGUGAAAUUAUCCAAAGUGAAAUGUAAAGUGUAAAUAGCAGUAAAGAGAGAAAUAAAGUGUUAAGUGUAGUGAAAGUGAUUUUUCCCUUCGCGGUCCCAAAUUCCCCGUUCUCUCUUCUGUCGUGCUAUACCCUCCCAAUACAGUCCAGUGCUUCGCCUUAUAAUUCUUGUGUUCAUUGCCGAACACCUUCCAUUCACUCCAAAUCUUGGUAAUGACCAAGGUUGUUAAUCGAUAAAUUAUCGUUAUCGUCGAUAACGAUAAUUGCGUUCAACGUUAUCGCUCACUGCGAUGACGAUACAUUAUCGCAAGAUUUAUCGGUCCUCGAUAAAUCAACGCGAGUUAACUGCAGUUAACUUACGGGAUUUUCAAUCAUAGCAAUCUUGAGUGAAAAUCUUUGACGGCAACAUACUGAGCUCAAAUGAUUCGAAAGUUACAGUUGUGUUUUCCAUCGCAGAUAAUGAACCUUCGGGAAUCAUCACUGGGAAUACCUCCAGGGAUUCUACAUAAGGAGUAUUUCGACAGAGAUUCCAUCGUGAAAUUCGAAAUAAAGGAUUCAGAAAUUCUUUUCCAUUGCAUUGGGAGUUCUGCCGGUGCCAGAUAUUCUAUCGAAUAGUUUUCCAAGAAUUCUAUUGAAACUAUUUUAUUGGGUGUUCCGCCAGGUAUUACUUUGGAAAUCCCUCCAAGAAUUCCUUUAAUAUUUCGCCAACGAUUCCAUCGUGUAAUUUAUUAAGUAAACAAGGGCUUUCAUCAGGAAUUCCACCAGAAAAUUCCUCGCCAUUCCAGCGGAGUUUUACCAUAGAAGUCUGGAAUUUCUUCCAAGAAUUUAUCGGGAAUACCUACAGGGAUGUUGCCGACUGAUUAACAAGCUAAUUGUUAUGAUUAAUAAUAUCACACACUUUGAUCAUACACGCGCCGCAGGAAAAUUUCAGACUAAAAUGUUUUUUACUCAGCAUUCAACAGUUAACUCGAUAAUUUUCGAUAAAUUAUCGAAGUUACGAUAACGAUAACGAUAAUUCAACGCAUUAUUUAUCGUUAACGACGAGUUAUCGAAUCACUGUCAACGAAGUCAAAGUUGGCGUUAACUUAUCGGCGAUAAUUUAUCGAUUAACAACCUUGGUAAUGACCCAGUGUAGUGCUCUCACCAAUGCAUCUCUACCGUAUUUUAGAAGCUCGCUUUACAAUUGGCUUCUUUAGUGGUGUUGAGAUAAUUCCAUAUUCCGAAUCUACAUGCCAAACUGAGCCGAAAUCCAAAUUUUCAUGAAUUUUGGUGCCCGGGAACCAAUUUAAAAAACGAUUCAAAGUUUGUAUGGGAGCGAUUUGUCGAAUCACCCCUCGUCGCAUUUUGUACUGGGCGGAACUGUCAAGCAGUUGCCCAGCUGUCAAAAGGUGAUUUCAAAAAAUCUCUUUGUAAUUGAAUUUAGGUAUCAAAAUAAAGUUCUAAAAAUCUGAAAAAAAUCAUACUGGCUUAGAAAAAGGUACUCUUUCGUAUAAAAUCAAAAAAUCAAUACAUUAUUCUUAAUUUAAAAACCCAAUUGAUCUGCUCCAGUGGCUUUGUUGGUUUUCAACCAAUCAAACGCCUCCUCUUGAUUCUUUCCGGAAUUCCUUCAAGGAUUUGUUUCGAGAUUCCUUCAGUACAUGGGGGGGUUCCUUCAAGAAUUUCUCCCGGGAUGCCUUCGUAAUUCUCUCAGGCAUUUUUCCCAGGAUUCCUUCCGGGAUUUCUUUCAUUUCUCCCGAGAUCGGGUUCACUCCCAGAUUUCGCCCAGAAUUUCUGCAAUGAUUCCUCCCAUGAUUCCUCUAAGGAUUUCUUUAAAAAAAAUCACUUCAGUCAAUUGUGGGGAUGGCUUCAGGGAUUCCUUAAGCGAUUUCCACGGGAUUCAUUCGUAGUUUAAUUCAAGGGUUUUUUUCGUAAAUUCUUUUAAGAUUCUUUCAGGCAUCCAUCUCGGGAUUCUUGGGUUCGUUUAGGAUAUUUAGGGGAUUUAUCCUGGCAUGCCCUCGUACACCAAAGUGUACUGAAAGGCUGUUCACUCAUGUUCACUCAGAAAACGAAUUUUCGAUAGAAGGCUCGGAGGGUCAAGCCACAUAUACCAAUCAACUCAGUUCGACGAAUUGAGAUGAUGUCUGUAUGUGUGUAUGUAUGUAUUAGACUGGGUCAACAAUGUCGAUUUUUUGGAACAACUGUGCAAAAUUUGGGAGCGAUUGGUUGCGUCCCCGUAUUCCGCAUUGCGAUGCAAAUUUGUAUGGAAUUUAGUAUGGGAAAAUGUGUUUUUUUGGUGUACAUUUUUCUCCUGAAUUGUAUUUUUUUUUUGGUCUAAAGCGAUCUAACUAAUGACAUUGAAGUAUACCGUAAACUGGGGUGUAGUUGAUCAGUGGGGUAAACCUCACUCAAAUACCCACGGAGAUCGACUUUCAAGGAAGUUAUCAUUCCACUUAAUGUAACGUCAUGGGAUUGCGUACACCCCACUGAUCAUCUCUAGUUUACGGUAGCCUAGAAUAUGCCGAAAAACUUCGCCGCAGACCGCAAAGUCAAAAAGUUAUAACGCACAGAUUGCCCGGUGGUAACAUAUUACAUGUAAAGGAAUAACAUCAAUAAUAAAAUCUCAAUUUUUGGCCUAAGUUACCAGGUGAAUAACUUUUUUCACAAGCGUCGGAUCACUUUGCUGUCUUCGGCAAAGUUUUUUUUUUGGUAUAUCCUAAGCUACACUUUAACGUCAUUAGUUACACGGUAUUAGACAAAAGAAUUCCACUUAUGAGUAAAAUGCAAAAAAGUACGUUUUCCCAUACUAACUUCCAUACAGAUUUCAAUGACAAUGCGGAAUACGGUGACGCAACCAAUCGCUUCCAAAUUUUGCACAGUUGUUUUGGGCUCUAAAAGGAAUCGAAAAAGCCUUGUUCCGGGUUGAUGCGAUCAAAUUUAAAUUUUCUCCAUACAAUGUUGACCCUCUACGCACGCAAAGUAUGUCUGUGCGCAAAAUAAGUUCACUCACUUUUAAGGCACUUCCCAUUAGCCGAUUUUUCGGAUUAUAGCUCGAAUCGAACCGGAAUUUUAUCGCAUGGUUUGUUAUUAAAAAUGGUCUGGAGCGGACAAGACGUUCCGGAGUUAUGACCAUUUCAGUGAUCCGAACCAGUACCGGUAGAACUGACCGUAUAUAAAACUGAACUGAUUUGUGAAAAAAUACCCAGAUUUUUCACGUUUCUGAAAUGCUCAAUGUAUGAGUUGCUAUGGGAACAGCAAACUUCCCUUUCGUUUUUCUCCGUUCGUGGAUUUUGUUAGAUACGGUGUUUGGUAAAGUUAGGCUUGAAAUGAACAGUUGAAUGAAUUUUGCAUUCAAUUGACGGGUUGUUGACGCCUGUCUGACGUUGCAGUUAUCGAAUUUGAUUCGCCAAGUGAAACGUGAACAUGUUGCAGUUAUUGAACGUCUACUGUAUUUGAUUGUUUCUGCUUUCAAAAGCUCAUGCUCAUGAAGAAACUUUUGUAGUUUUCUUCUCGAAAAAAAGCCUUCCAUUGCUGCUGCAUGAUUCACUUUCACCGAUAUGAUUAGCGCUAUUGCAUAGCAUUUCAGAUUUUUUCGAUUGCACUGUUAUUUUUUUGUUUUCAAAUUAGGGAAAACAUUUCGACCAUAAUAAGCAAACGUAAACAAAACAACUUGCACCACAACAAAGUUCGAACACUUAGCUUUGUGGCAAGUGUAGAAAACUGUUGUAAACAAAACAAACAGCGUUGCCGAAUCGACAUAUGUAACUUCAGCUCAUCUCUAUGUAGAGGAUUUCUAGUGCACUGAUAAAGUUCACUCAACCCCCUCGAGAAUUUUGACACUACAGCGGGGUACACUUCCACCAGGUACUACCCAGCUAUAAAUAAAAAUAUUUUAUUUUGCUUUGUUUUUUCAAUAAAUAAGUCGAACUAUCAGUCAAUACAAAAAUUAUUUGCAAAUGCCUUACUUUGAGUGCAACAUUAUGUCAGAAAUCGAUACAAAAUUGUAAAAAUGGAUUUAACUUCAACGAGAAUGACCCAUUGCUUUGUGUUUCGGGAGUCUUCAAAAAUCCUUCUAAUAGGUGGGAACGGGGCACCAUAUUUUGAAUAUCUCAGAUUUUUUUUCCUUUUGUCCAUACCAAAACUCAUGCAAGAAAUAACAAAGAUUUUAAAAUUUAAGUAAAUUCGAUAGCAUAAACCCUGUAUAAAUCCUUGGGUAAUAUAUCGAAAUUAUGAUGAUCGUUCACGUUCUGUCGUAAUACAAUUUCUUUCCAUAGUGGCAUAUCGUCGACUAGUGUACCAUCGUCCAAUUUAUUUCUCUUAAAUAUAGUAUCAAGUUCCAAUCCAACGCUUUUCAUCAGUAUGCAACCGAUACACCAGUAGCUGACAUAGAAGCACGAAAUCUUCACAUAGGGCACAAUAGAAUGAAACCACUUGUAGGAGCAAUGAGAAUGCUAGUGAGUACUUGUGCAUAGUUUUGUUACCAAUAUGAAAUAAGAGAAGCAGUUUGGUUUGGUGGGCUGCUCUAGAUAUCAAUCAAUCGCAGACAGUUGCCAUGCGAAGAGAGUAAAAUCCAAAGAAAAGAGGCAAUAUAUGUCAUCACUAAAGAAGAUGAACUCGUUGGAGGAAUGCAACGGACAAAAUUUAUGUAUGAAAAUAAAGGUGAAAAAAUCUGUAGGUGAUGAGCGAAAUAAAUAUAUUUAUUUUGGAAUAUA